AUGAAUAAAAUUGAAGGAAAUCAAACUGUAAUGAUAAUGAUAAUGAAAAGAUUAUCAAUAUCGUCAAGUCGAUUAGCCCAAUUGCUAAGCGUUAAUUCGUUACGAAAAUAUGCAAUUUGGUACCCCGAUGCGGAAUUUUUGCGACAAUUUAAGAAUCGCGCAAAUUUGGGAAAUGUUGCAUUGAAAAAUUUGUCGGAAUAUGAGAAAGCAAUCGGUGGUGAACGAAUUAAUAAAAUAAUCGAAGAUUAUCCGACAUUUUCGGAUGAACGUCUAGGAAAAUUUCGUGAAAAGAAAAUCGAAAACAUGACAAUAAAUUUCGGACCACAACAUCCAGCAGCUCAUGGUGUCUUAAGACUUGUUCUUGAACUUGAAGGAGAAAUUGUUAUAAAAGCGACGCCACAUAUUGGUUUACUUCAUCGCGCAACCGAAAAACUUAUUGAAUAUAAAACAUAUACACAAGCAUUGCCCUACAUGGAUCGUCUAAACUAUGUUACAAUGUUUACAAAUGAACAAGGAUUCGCGUUAGCUGUGGAAAAACUUCUAGGAAUUAAUAUUCCACCGCGUGCAAAAUGGAUUCGAAUGAUAUUCGCUGAAAUUAACCGUUUAGCGAGCCAUAUGUUCAGCCUUACGACACAUGCGUUAGAUAUUGGCGCAAUGACACCAUUGUUUUGGUUGUUUGAGGAAAGAGAAAAAAUUUAUGAAUUAAGCGAACGUGCAUCUGGAGCAAGAAUGCAUAUAAAUUAUAUUCGACCUGGUGGUGUAGCGUAUGAUUUACCGCUUGGAUUGCUUGAUGAUAUUUAUGAUUGGGUUGUGAAAUUGCCCCAGAGAAUCGAUGAACUGGAGGAUAUGUUAACGGAGAAUCGAAUCUGGAAGGCUCGUACAAUUGAUAUUGGACGCAUUUCUGCAGCUGACGCUCUUGAAUACGGAUUUUCCGGUGUUAUGCUUCGAGGUUCAGGAGUUAAAUGGGAUGUUCGUAAGGCAUCGCCGUACGAAGCUUACGAUCAGGUUGAAUUUGAUGUGCCAAUUGGUACUAAAGGCGAUUGCUACGAUCGAUAUUUGUGCCGUUUGGAAGAAAUUCGACAAAGUAUGAAAAUUAUUCAUCAGUGUUUGAAUAAAAUGCCUCAAGGUGAAGUUAAAAUAGAUGAUUUUAAGAUUUCUUCUCCAAAAAGGAGUGAUAUGAAGAGGGAUAUGGAAUCACUAAUUCAUCACUUCAAAUUUUUUACUGAAGGAUUUCAAGUUCCACCGGGAGCUUGUUAUGUUCCUAUUGAGGCACCUAAUGGCGAAUUCGGAAUAUAUCUUGUUUCCGAUGGAUCGUCGAAACCAUAUCGAUGCUUUAUUCGUGGGCCUGGAUUUGCUCAUCUUGCUGGAUUGCCUGCAAUGAGUUAUAUGUCUCUAAUUGCUGAUGUAGUUGCUAUUAUCGGUACAAUGGAUGUUGUUUUUGGUGAAGUCGACCGAUAA